UCCAACCUUUCUGUCAAACAUACCAGCCACCACGCACUUAACCAUUCACGCUCAGUCAAUAAACUCCAAAAUUAUACAGAAAACCUCGAACACAUUGUAGUCAAUCAAUAACUGAAGCAAAUUAAAAAUAUUUGGGGGAAUAUAUUGUUAAUUUUCGCCACUGCUUUCAUAAUUCUGUGAGUACAAGUAAAUUUCUCGGACCUAUACAAUAAAUUUCAGCCGAAACCCAUAAGCCAACGUGUUGUAUAAUACGUCGAAUCGAGAUGGAUCUCACACCAAGGAAGACUUUUAAAUGUUCCACGUGCUGCAAAACGUUCAAUUUCAAGUCGAAUCUUACCAAGCACGUGGUCACGCACGAUACUAACGCCCAAGUGAAACGCAAGAUGUGCGGGAAAAUUUCGAAAAACUCAGUCACCCUAUAUCGACACAUGGAAAGACUUCACACUACCCGGAACCGACCCAGGUGCGACACGUGUCACCGGGUAUUUUCUAACUUAGCCACUUUACGGAGACAUACUGAAGCCGUCCACAACACGAGCGAACGACCCCGUUUGCCAUGUGGAUUUCCCAGCUGUGACAAAACCUUCCUGAGCAAAUACCAUGUUUCAAGACACGAAAAAACUGAGCAUGCCGAGAACCCGGUUCGAUUUCGGUGCACACCUUGUGGGAAAGAAUUCAAAAUAAAGGCACAUCUUGGGCAACACAUUCCCACCCACACGAAGGAGAAGCCGUACAAUUGUGCCACUUGUGGGAAGAGUUUUUCACACAAGGCAACCAUGAAAUUUCACGAGGAAAUGCAUAAAUCUACCCGAGAGGUUUUCAAGUGCCAACUUUGCUUUAAACUACUCUCCACUAAAUUAUGUUUGCAUCGCCACAUCAAAGCUGUCCAUGAAAAUGAGAGGAAUUAUCCGUGCACAUUUUGUGACAAAACAUUUUCUCACUCAUCACACGUGAAACGUCACGUGGAAGCGAGGCACCCUGUGGACAAGGAGAAGAUUCACUCCUGCGACAAAUUCGAGUACAAAAGUCACUCGAAAGUCAAUUUAGCUCUGCACGUGAAACGUCACUUUUCUGGGAAGCAUGGAUGUUACUUUUGUGAGAGGAAAUAUGUCACUUUUCCUGAAUUGGUUAAACACUGUGGUCGAUUUCAUACCCUCGAAAAGUGAAAAUACUAUGUACGUUUGUAAUAAGCUAGCAAAUUUUUCUAAAUUUGCGACAUUUAGCAACUCGGCUAAUGUGUCUAAAAUUCCGUUAUUAUCUAUUGUUAUCUACACCGUGGGAAUCUGCACGAGCGACAUCAUGGCUUCUUGUAUAUUUGGCCAAAUAUUUUUUUAAUUUUCAAAUUUGUAUCCGUUAUUUAACAUUUUAGAUAAUUUCAACACAAUGAAAUCAUGUUAAUAAAUUAAUUUUAAUUGAU